GUUCAAAUUUCGAAUCUUGACGGUUAUUAAUGGACGCUGUUUAGUCGUUGACUGUUUAUGAACUAUAUUUCAAUAACUUUUAAUUAAAGUGCUAAUUUUGAAUCAUUGAAUGUCUUAUGACUGAAAACCGAGUUGUAAAUAUUAAUCGCAGUGCUCAGAGACAGUGUAUAUUAAUUUUAUUGAUGAUAGAUGUGUUGAGAUGAAAAUGGUUCGAGCUGCUCCGUUAAUCGGGGCAAAAUCAAAGUCUGGUGCUUUGCCCUCAAAGUGUGGAUCUACGCUGAACAUGGCAGCUAAUAUAAAAGUGGUGGUUCGUGUCCGGCCCUUGAACGAAAGGGAAAAAGCGGCUAACAACCGUGUGGUGGUUGAUGUUGUCGACGAUAGUAUGUUAGUUUUUGAUCCCAAGGAAGAAAUGCGUCCGUUUUUCUACCAAGGCGUUCAGCCCAACGAAGAAUGUGUACGUCGAGCGAACAAGGAGUUGAAGUUUGUUUUUGACAAUGUUUGUGGCCAAACAGCUACUAAUAAGGAUAUUUUUGAGUUGACUACCAAAGAUGUCUUGGCGUCCUUGAUGGAGGGAUAUAAUUGUUCAGUGUUUGUGUACGGCGCCACGGGAGCGGGCAAGACAUUCACGAUGAUAGGCAGUAAGGAGAACCCUGGAAUAACAUAUCUGACUAUGGAGCAUCUCUUUUACACAAUACAUUCCUUUGAGAAGGAAAGAGAGUUCGACAUUGGAGUCUCUUACAUAGAAGUCUACAACGAAAAUGUGUUUGACCUGCUCAAACCUUCAAAAACUCCCCUCCAACUGCGAGAAGACUCAAAGUACGGAGUAAUGGUGGCCGGGCUGACACUGGAGAACAUUAACACUGCCCGGGAGCUGCUGGACAUGUUGGAGAAUGGCAACAAGAACAGGACACAGCACCCAACUGAUGCCAAUGCGGAGAGUUCUCGCAGUCAUGCGGUUUUCCAGGUGUACAUAAAAAUGCGGUACAAGACAAGUGGUCAAGCUCGAGUGGUCAAACUAUCCAUGAUCGACCUAGCUGGCAGCGAGCGCGCGUCGGCCACAGGAUGCGUCGGUGAACGCUUUAAGGAGGGGGCUAAUAUUAACCGCAGCUUGCUGUCACUAGGCAAUUGCAUCAACAAACUUGCUGAUGGUAGCAGUUACAUACCAUACAGAGACUCGAAACUCACGCGUCUGCUAAAGGACAGUCUCGGUGGCAACUGCAAAACUGUGAUGAUAGCCAACAUCUCCCCCUCCAGUAUAAGCUACGAGGACACAUACAACACGCUCAAAUACGCCGCACGCGCUAACAAGAUACAGCUAAGCAUCAAGAAGAACAUAGUGGACGGUGACAUGAAACUCUCUCAGUACGUGAAGAUCGUGGAAGAACUGAAGAAGAAGGUUAAGGAAUUGGAGGCCAAGCUGUCUUUGUGCAGUGUACCACCGCCAGCAGUUAAGGAACAGCCCAACAUGGCCAAGGAAAAAGCCCGAGCGGAGUGGCGCGGUCGCAUUCUGGAAGCGGAGAAGCUGCAUGUAACCGACGAGACACAUCUACUCGGUCUGCGAACAAGGGGUAAGGUGCUAGCGCUGCGGCACCGGCUGCGCUCGCGCGCGUUCUCACACGUGGCUGACCUGGCGCAUAGAUCCUCAAACGAGGCCAUCGAACUGAUGGUCACCGAAGACAUUCCCCGCCAAGAGAGAGCUGCAGAAAGUUACGAGAAGAAAGCUCAACACUUAGACGCCAAAAUACUCGCUGCACAAACCAAAUGCGACGAGAGCUGGCAGAUAUUACAAACCACCCUAGAACAAGCCGUAACCGACUGCCCAGACCUAAAAGACUUCGCCGACAAAAUCACACUCCAAAGAGAACUACGACUCGCCAAAGCUAGUGAUAACCUCAGAAACAAACUUCUCUGGAUACAGAACAAAGAAAUAAACAUGUUCACAGAAUACAUGAGCGAUAUGCCCAGCAUGCUCAGAAAACUGUUCCUAACUCUAAAAGGCUACGACAAAGUACCUCCAGCGUUAGCUACGGAAUACAUAGAUGUCAUGAAAAAAGCGAAAUCCAUGAAAUCUAUAUCCUGGGACUCGGAAAAUGAGUGUAACGACCCUCACUUCAAAGCUAUCUCUUGCCUAAACAUCGAAGAUGACGUGCCAAAACUGAAUUCAACGAUUGAUAUAGUCACGGAUAGCGAAGAUCUAACGGAUGUUGAAAACAUUGAAGUGCUGCCGAAAAAGCGUAAAGGGACACCUAUAAAGCUGGCUAACAACGAGACUAUAGUCAUCGAUGAUUCUUUCGAAAAUCUAGACGCGACAAGGACUUUGAAUUCGGCUAAGAAAGUGAAGCGAGAAGCAGAUGUGGUGCCUGACAUCGAAAAUGCUGGAACUAUAGAUCCGUCAGACUUGAAUUCCACUUUUGUGAUGGCGGGUAAGGUGGAAAUGAUGAAGAAGCCGAAAUUGGAGCCUAACUUGAAACCAAACGUGAAGGAACCCGUGUAUUUGAAGAGGGGGCUGACGGAUAGGACUAAUGUGCAGAGGACCAUUAAUUUUAAUGACAGAGUGACGUCAACAAAGCCCGUGGUGGGCAAAGCGCUGCCCCUGCGCCGGCCGCCCGCGGGCGCGCCGCGCGCGCCGGGCUUCGGCUCCAGCCUCGCGCGGGACGGCACGCCUCUAGCCAGGAACACGCAAGCGAGCGAGAAGGUUGUCGGGUACAAAUCCAUGCGUGCGAGGGAGAGAGUUGCCGCACACCACCCGUAUACAAGACCCGCGCGGCGGUGACACGAGAGUUGAACGGGCGCGUGUUCAAAAGAAAAUAUGCGAGCUAAGUUUUGUAUAGGAUGUGACUUCCACAUUCAGACUGUAACACAAUUGUAAGUAUGCAUUUCAUAUAU